AUGCCCCGCUAUAAUCCUCCCCAGGGCCUUCGCCGCCCUAAUCUCCAUCUCUACCUCCCCCACAAGACCAGCACCUGCCCUGAAGGAUUCAAAUGCUGUGGUAACAGCUGUUGCCAAGAGUAUGAGAUCUUCUCCAAUCCCUUGAGGAUCUUCAGCAUCAUUUUCCUGAUGGUCCUGCUCUUCCUGUCCAUCUGUGGCCUGGCCAAGUACUUCUGUGGAAACUGCAGAAAGUCAGAGCCGGGCCCUUUGACUGAGCACCAGGAGCCCCCAGCACUGCCCUCCAGCACCUUCCCACAGCUGGCCAGGACGUUGACCUGUGAUGCCCCACCGCCCUACAGUGAGAUUAUUCAGAUGCCUGUCCUGGGCCUGCCCCCCUCGGAGCCACCCCCUCCCUACAGUUUCAGACCUGAAGAACAUUCUGGGGUCCAGAGAGGCAUUGACAACCCAGCCUUCUGA